AUUGGUCAAUAAUGAUUAGUUUGAUUGACAGGUCGGAUCGAUGUAUUCAAUAAAGUGUACCUGUAUGUUUAAAAAUGUUUUAAGACACUAAGCAGAAAUUGUUUGUUUUAUAUUUCAGUAUGUUAUAGAUAGAGUAUGUUAUAGAUGGAGAUUGAAGACGCCUUUCCGCUUCCAUUCACUCUCAUCGGUGCAGUGGUUGCCAUAGUUUCCGGUCUGAUAUGUCUGACCAUGUUGAAGUGGCGGGAAAUUAAUAAAUGGCGCUUAAAGACCGCUGUUGCUUUCGCGUAUGGGCAAAGAGCAAAGCGGAAAUUAAAGACAUUAGUCAAUGCAAUCAAAAGGAAUGCUGCGAUUGACAAUGUUCAUCGCCAUAUUGAAAAUUUAUCCCAAACAUGUGACCGGGACGUUCAGACAGAUCCAGGAAAUGAAGACCUGGGUCUGGAGAGAAGGGCUUCCAUGAUGAUAGAGGCUAUCGAGAGCGAAGGUGAUAUUCAGGUACGUCUGGUGCCCUGUCUUACAAAAUACACUCUGAUCCACCACGGCGAUUGGUGA